UCCAUUUAUUGUAGUUAUCACAGAAAGCACUGUCCUUUACACACAAAAACACACAGUAACCACAAUCUUGAACAAGAAAACAUGAAACAUCCACUUUCAGACAUCAUCAUUUCACUUUCUCUCUGUCUCUUAUUAUUAUUAGCCAAUCUUACUCUAACAGAAUCAUCACCACAAUGCAAAGCAUGGCUAGUCCAAUCAAUCCCUACAGACAUGCCACACCUCUCUCCUGUCCCUGGUGUUCUCACCACUGGGGAUGUGUUGCUUUGGUUGGCCAAGAAUUCUACUAAGAGUUUGGAUGUUAUAGCUCAAUACUGGCAGUUAGUGGCAAGUCCUGCUGAUCCUCGUUCAGGGGAUUAUGGUUACUCUAAAGAGGAGAUGAAGAGAUUUGGCGCUGAUCAAGGUUCUGCUGUUUACAACGCCAUAGAGGAUGCUGCCCUUAGAAAUGUUAGUAUCAGGCUGUUACAACACUCAGGUGUUUAUCCUGAUUUUACCAAAGAACCAACUGACCUUGCUUCAGGAAGGCCAAAUGUGAAGAGUGUGACUUUGUUGCUGAGUAAAUGGUGGGGGUCAGGCAUAAUUCAUACCAAAGUUUGGAUAUCGGAUCGACAAGAUGUGUAUAUUGGAUCUGCAAAUAAUGAUUGGAAAUCUCUCACUCAGGUUAAGGAGGUUGGAAUUUAUCUAGUUGAUUGUCCAAAAAUAGCAAAAAGUGUUGAAACCUACUUUGGAAACCUAUGGAAACUUGCUUCUCUUAAUUCAUCAGCUUACACCAGAACUGUAUCUGAUCAACAGUGGCAAGUUAAUAGAACGGUUCCAUGCUGGUCACAUUUCAUUGAUUCUGAAGAAAGAUGCAGAUCACCUCUUCCUCGUUCCAUGAAGGCUCCCCAUACUACAGGCUAUCCAACAUUAUCAGACCCAUAUAUGUUCCAUAUUCCAAUAGAAACUCCCGGGCACAGUUAUUCAAAUUUGUGGCCUCAACCAAGCUAUUUAUCCUUUGCUCCUCCUGAGCUCUCAUUUGGCAGGUUCCAGGCUGAUGAACAGGCAUGGGUUGAUACAAUUAAAUCUGUUGGAACCGGAUCCACUGUUAGGAUAAACACUAUGGACUGGCUUGGCCAAUCCCAAUAUGUGAAGCCAACAGUUUAUUGGUCAUCCCUUUCCUCUGUAAUCUCUGAGGUUGUCUUCUCCAAGCACGCAACAGUGAAGUUACUGGUAGCAUUCUGGGCUCAUUUUAUUGACAACACCGAGCAGUAUCUGAAGUCUCUUCUCUACUCUAAUGUCCUCUGCUCUUCCUCCAAGUAUAACAACUGUUCUGGUAAAGUUGAGAUCAAGUACUAUUUAGUUCCAGGUUAUAACCUGACAGGACCUGCAAUUAGCAAUGGGACUAGCACAGGAAACAUUUAUCCAGGCUUUACGCGGGUUAAUCAUGGAAAAUAUGCAGUUAGUGAUACACGAGCCCACAUUGGCACGAGCAAUCUUAUAUGGGAUUAUUUUUACACAACAGCUGGUGUCAGUUUCGGGACAUACAACCCUGCCAUUGUUUCACAGCUUCAAGCAAUCUUUGAUGCUGACUGGAACUCACCAUAUGCUAUUCCAGUAGGCGAGCUGGAUGAAGCUCAUCGUUCUUAUUCGAACUGAGUACUUUCGCUUGAAGAAGCACUUGACUUUGUCGAAACAAGUUCUAAGCUAAUGAUAGCAAUGGAUUCAAGGAAGUAAAUGCGUACAAAGGCGACGAUGACAUUCCGGAUUUGCUUUUGAUUGGUCACCUGCAAGUUCUUAUACACUUUGUAAUCUUUGAACAAAAUAAGGAUGAACUCAUGUUCAACUUUAGACUGAACCUUACAAAGAUUUUUGUUACAUUUCGUAUGCUGUCAACACUCACCAAUCAUUUGACCAUAAUACAUGAAUUUGUUCUUAAUCACAAGGGUUGAGAUCCAAAGUUAGGGCAGUGUAGUGAUGACAUUGACAAUGGUUGUAAUUUGAUGCAACUUUUUGAUAAAUUUUAUUGUGUAAUUUGAAUUAUUCGUUAAA